AUGUCUGAUAGGAUUACCAUACUUUAUGGUUCUCUGACAGGGAAUGCUGAGGAGUAUGCAAGAUACUUGAAACAGAGAUUAGGUGGAUAUAAUUUCAGGGCUAAAUUAUCCUCACUCGAUGAAUUUCCAUUGAAAAAUUUAAUCCUCAAUACAGAUUAUCUCAUUAUAAUCUGCUCAACUACUGGUCAAGGAGAACUACCUCGAAAUGCUAAACGGUUUAUGAAAUUCAUUCUCAAAAAAAAGUUACCAAAUGACCUUUUCCAAAAUUUGUCAUUAACAUCUUUUGGUUUGGGCGACUCUUCUUACGAAAAGUUCAAUUAUGCAAUAAAGAAAAUUCACGCGAGAAUGAUGCAACUUGGGUGUCGAGAACUCUCUCCUCGGUGCGAAGCAGACGAAAUGUCCCCAGAGGGAAUAGACGGCUACUAUUUGGCUUGGGAAACUCAACUCAUCAACGCGCUAUUGACAGCUUUUCCUUUUGCAAACAAAACAAUUAGCGACACAACUGUCCCCAUGCCAGAAUAUAAAAUUUCAAUUGACAAAAUUGCAACCACCACGACAAAACUGCCUGAAACCAGCUUGCUAUCGAAAAUCUUUAAUGAAAACUUUUAUAGCGGCAUAAUCAAAAGCAAUGAGCGGAUUACCAGCGAAAACCACUUUCAAGAUGUUCGCUACAUCAAAAUAGAAUCACAGGAUUUAAAGUACUCCGUUGGUGACACAAUCUCACUUUACCCGUGCAAUUUUGAUUCAGAUGUACAGUCGCUACUUGAACUACAACCGCACUGGUUGGAAAUUGCCGAUAAAUCCCUAUAUGUGAGAAACUUGGUAAAAGAUGGCAUACAUAUUACUCUACGGGAUUUGAUCAAGUAUCAUUUGGACAUUAUGUCAAUACCCAGGCGAAGCUUUUUCAACGUACUUUGGCAUUUUUGUGAUGCAACAAAUGAAGAAGGCGAGAGAGAGCGCAACAAGUUGAGAGAAUUUGGCGCGUUUGAUGAUCCAGAGGAACUAUAUAACUAUUCUAAUCGUCCUCGAAGACUGAUUCUUGAAACUUUGGCUGAUUUUAAGAAUAACUUAAAUAUACCAGUAUCUUACAUUUUGGACUUGAUACCGUUGAUCAAGCCGAGAUUGUUUCUGAUUGCAUCAAGACCCAGUGAAAACGAGAUAGAACUUAUUGUUGCGGUAGUUGAAUACAAAACGAUUAUUCGAAAAGUCAGGCGUGGUUUAUGUACCAGAUGGCUUAAAUCUCUCAAAGCUGGGGACUCCAUUGAAUUUUCAUUUGUCAAAUCGCCGUUUGAUGUUUUUAAUGCACCGGUUAUCAUGGUUUCUCCUGGUACAGGGAUUGCUCCAAUGAAAGCGCUAAUUGAUGAAAUUUUACACAAAAAGCAGCAACAACAGCUGCUGGUGCUGCUGGUGCUGCUGCCGUUGCAAGAGAUGUAUUUAUUCUUUGGAUGUAGAUUUGAGGAGAAAGAUUAUUUGAUCAAAACGUUUUGGGGAAAAUCAAGUCAUUUACACAUCUACAACUGCUUUUCAAGAGAUCAAAAUUCAAAGUACAAGUACGUGCAAGAUGCACUCAUAGAUCAAUUCAAGUUAGUUGGGGAUUUGAUUUACAAUCAAGGAGCCAGAAUCUUUGUUUGUGGCUCAAGUGGUAAGAUGCCUCGAGAGGUUAAAUUGACCUUUGCCGAAAUCAUAAAAAGAUUUUGCAACAUCACUGAAGAAGAGGCUCAUAAAUACAUUUUAAACUUGGAAAAUACCGGGCGGUAUAAAGAAGACGCUUGGUAA